AAACUUUUCUUUAAUUUGAAAUACUUCAAUAUAAACAUUGUAAUAUAAUAAUGUGUUGUUGUGAAUAUGAUAUGAUUAAGUACAUAAUUAUUUAUUUAAUAACAAUAAUGAUGGUGAUUUAUCUUGUUAGUGGUGAAGAUUAUUUAUUAACAAAUGAAGAUAUAAGUAAAUUAACUGAAAUAACAACACAAACAACAAUUGAUCCAAUUCUAUUAGAAUCUUAUCGAAAAAAUACAAUUAAAUCAUUUAUUAUAUUUGGUGUAAUAUUUGGUCUUAUUAAUAUUGCUUGUUGGAUUGCAUCAAUCAUUAAAGCAAUUAUAGACAGACGAAAAAUAAAAAAGAGAAAUUUAGCUCGUCAAGAUGCAAAACGUUUCAAAAGUGAAAGUCACCGAAAAUCAGUUUUAAAAGAUUUAAUAGAUCCUGAACCGCCAAAAUUAAUUUUGCCAAAUAUUGUUGAUAAUGCAGUAAAAAGUCAUAAAAAUAUUUCAUCAACAACUUCAAACUCAACAGAUUCGCCAAUUCAUCAUUUUUCACGAUGUUCAACUUUACGACGUUCUGAUUCACUUAAACGAUCAACACAAAGUGAAAUAGAUGAACCAGCAGAAAAAGAUUUAUUUAUUUAAUAAAUUAAUUCGUCUAUAUUUCAGUAGUGUUCUAUGUAGUUUGGGUUCUUUUUUUCUGGUAACAUACUUUGUUCCAUCAUUUUCCUUAUCAAAUGAAUAUCCUAUAGAACAAUUUUAACAUAUAUUACUUAUUAUUUGCUGCUAUGUAACUUAUUACUAUUUUUACAUAUUCUCAAGUUAUUGAAUUACUUUAACCAGUAGUGUAUAUCAAUAAAUUUUUAAAUUUUACUACCAUUUACACGUAACCAUGGAAACAUUUAAAUAUAUUCAAAUAAUAUGUUUAACAGAUAAGUGUUUAUAUAUAAAUAAAUGCUUAAAUAUU